AUGGAGGCUUACUAUUAUUGAAUUUUGGAAUAUUAUUGUUUGUUUUUAUACGAUUUUUGUUGUGUUUUCGUACUUUUGUGUCAAUUCCGCUAUUGUUUUCACAAUGGGGGAGACCGGUGAUUUGUUGUCACAAUAUUUUGUGCGUUUAGCAUCAUUUCAAGGGCUGAUAAACGAAAAUCAAGCGAGUGACGGCGGCUGUCAACAACAAACACGCGUUGGAAAUAAUAACAAACCAAAUGUGUCUGUUAGUGCCAGAACAUCGUUUAUAAAGUUAGCAAGAGCUGGAUUUUAUUAUGCUGGGUCUGUUGAAGGAAUUCAGUGUUUUGUUUGUAAAUCGAAAGCAAGAUAUAGAAAUUGGCAUAACGAAUCUCCAGUUGCAGUACACAGAAUAUUGAAUCCAUACUGUCCGUUUCUUCAAUCGCCAUCGGAAUCAUCUUCAAGAAGUUCUAGUGAAAAUAACGUUUGCUGUAAAUCUAACACCAUACAAUCACCAACAAUUGAUGGCCUUAUAUCAAAUCAUUGUUGUACAAAUAGCCAACAGCCAGAUAAUCCUACACAGUUGCAGGACCCCUGUGACAGAAGGGAAUUAAAUGAUGUUUCAAAUCCCAUCCGUCCAGAUGAAACACCUCCAAAUGGUGGCACUAAUGCAAAUACAACAGUUCAGUCAAUGAAUAGCAUUCGCAGAAAUUUAUUCUCCGCAAGUCCUGACAGCAACCAAGCUGAUGAAAAUGUUGAUAACAAUCGACCAACAGAUAAUAACAUCAUUGGAUCUAGGUCCCAAUGGUCUGAUCACGUUGAAGAAUAUACUGGACGAAUUAUACAUCCAAGAAUCAAUGACAAAGUUUUCAGUGCUUACGAAUCACUUCGUGUCCUCACAUUUCCUAAUCCCCAAAUGGCUGGAGAAUGGGCUGCAGGUGGAUUUGUUUACAUUGAAGAUGACAAAGUUCAGUGUGUUUAUUGUGCGGGGGUCGUAACGUCGUAUAGCGAACAAUUAAACAUUAUAGAUGUUCAUGAAAAAAUCUCACCCAAAGGUCGAUAUUGUUGUCCAAUGGUCAGUGGAAUUGACGUUGGAAAUGUAUCAAGGAAAUUAGAAGAGUUAGUCAGAAAGAAGUUGAUUGAUAAAGAUAACCGACCAAAGAAUAUGAAAACCAGUUUCCCUGUUCUGCACCCACAGUACAGAAGAGUAGAAGAAAGAUUAACGUCUUUUAAGCAUUGGUCAAAACAGUACAAACCAACCAAAACACAGUUAGCAGAUGCAGGAUUUUUCUAUACAGGUGUUGUAACAAAAGUUAUAUGUUUUUGUUGUGGUUUAUCUGUCAGAGAUUGGGAGCCAGCAGCAGAUCCAUGGCAGCAACAUGCUUUAAUAUCACCAACAUGUAGAUUUAUAAAACUUAUAAAAGGAGAAGAAUUUAUUCAACAAAUGGCAGCAAUACAGCAACUGGUUGAAGUUGAUCCAUCAGUAAAAGAACCAGUAACAUCAAUAGGAGAAUUGAAUAUACCUGAUCCAUACCCUCCAACACUUCAUACAACUCUACUAGCAGCUUAUAGUACAUGUGGGUACAACAUAUCUCCUACACAAUUACUUCAUCUUAUACAACAAUUCUUUAUACAUACCUGUGGAAGAUAUCCAAGUGUUGAAAUGUUAAAAGCUGCUGUUUUAGCUGAUGGUGAAUUAAAGAAACAUGUUGACAUUAUAGAUCUAAAAGAUGAAGUUAUAGAGACUAAAGACAAACAGUUAGACAACUUAGAUCAGGUGAUGACUAUUAAAGACCAGCAUUACAAGGCUACUGUAGCCUCUCUUAACCAGCAUCAUAAUAUCAUCAUUGAUAGUAAGGAACAGGAACUGAAACAAGCCAGUCAAGAACUGAACCAAGCCAGUCAAGAACUGAACCAUAAAGAUCAACAACUGAACCAAGCCAGUCAACAACUGAACCAAGCCAGUCAAGAACUGAACCAUAAAGAUCAACAACUGGACCAUAAAGAUCAACAACUGAACCAAGCCAGUCAACAACUGAACCAAGCCAGUCAACAACUGAACCAUUAUCGCUGUACCAAACGUCAGUUAAGACAACAAAUAAGAGAAAAAGAUGGCCAUAUUGGGAACUUGUCGACAAGAUUGCAGACAGCUGUUGACAGACAUAGAGCAAGGGAAGAUAACUUACAGCAAACUUUUCAGACAACUUUACAACAACAAAUAUAUAUACACCAGACAGAGUUACAGAGAAAACAGACAGAAUUAGAAACACAGAAAAUUCAAUUACAGGCUGAAAUACAGAAAUAUGAAAAAGAGUUAUCUAACUUGGUUACAGAAUUCACAAGAAUCAAAUCUACAGUUCACAACCGAGAAACUCAAGAAGAAAAUCAACCUGAUCCUGCAGCUGUCAAUCAACUUAACUCGUCUGCUAUAAACCCAGAUAGAUGUCUAAUCUGUUUAUCUGAAACUCGUGUUGUUUUGUUUCGACCAUGUAAACAUGUCUGUUGUUGUACAACUUGUGCUCCCCGUUUCAUGGAUUCACCGUGUCCUGUCUGUCGUACUCAUGUGCAGGAUUGGGAAAUCGUUUUUCUUUCUUAAUUAAAUUAUUUAUGACUUCCAUUAAACCAUAGUUUUAUUCAAAUACAUUUUUUUUGUUAAUGCAUAUGAUAUUAUUACAAUACUUGAGUUAUUAGCUUUUGUAUUUCGAAAAUAUGGCAGGUUAUCGUUUUAUUAGAAGCAGAUGAAUAUUAUGUCCUACUGUUAGAUAUUACCAUAAACAUGUAUAUAUUUUAUAAAAUAAAUUAAAUAAAUUGGUAAUUUGUAGACAUGUAUUAACAUUCAAACAAUAUUUUGUAAAUAUUAGUCAAUUAGUGUUAUUUGGUAUGUAGUUUUUAAAGGCAGCAAUAUACUCAUCCUUUUGUUUUCAAAAAUGAAAAUAUUCAUUAAAAUACUGUAUAUACAUAACAAAUUUAUUCUUCAUGUCAUCUUUUAUCAGUGUUGUUAAAUAUAAGGGUAUAUAUUAUCACGUCAACUGCCUCAUUUAUUCAUGGCAUUUUAAAUAUAGGGAUAUAUAUUGUUUCGUGCAGUUCCUCAUUUAUUUAUAUCCCCCCCCCCCCUUUGUAGAAAGGUACAUAUAUUAUUAGCAUUAUAUAUGUUUGAAUUUGCAUUUAUUUAUGUUUUUUUUAUAUUUUCUAGUUUUUAAACCAUGUAUAUAAAAUUCCUAGUGCUAAUGAUAAAUGAAUUUCAAUAUGAAUUGUAUUUUAUGAAGCAGGCCUACAAUAUUGUAUUUAUUAUGUAAAUAAGUAUCAUAUUACUGUUUUCUUCUAAUGCUAUCGGUGUAUUAUAUCAACAUAGUUAAAGAGACAUUCUGGAAGAUUAGAUAAAGAGCUGACAGUUCUCGCUAUAAUAGUUAAAAAAUAGAUAACGUAAAGAGAAUAUGCUUAAAAUUUCAGUCAAAUUACUUUACUCUGAGCCAAGAAAACCGAAUUUCAAAAACACUGUAGCCUCGAUUGUCAUUGUUACCGUUGUUACGAUAAUAACCAAAGUCUCGAUUAUCCAUUUUUACGGUUAAUCAUGAAUAGCCAUUGAAUUGCAGGUUGGGAUUCAAAUCUCAUUAAAAUCGUACCCAUCAGAUGGCAUCGAGAGUUAAUUAUGGUCCUGCAUGUUAAUAAAUGUCUAAUUAAUAGUUUAUAUAAAAAUGUAAGGCCUAAAGAAAAGACCUUUAGUAGGCAGAUUUAGCUCUUGCAUAAUGUAUGUUUAAUAAUAGGCUGAGAAUGAGAUACAAUGCAAACACACCACUUUAAUAAAUAGAUUAUUGUCACAACAACUGACACAUGAACUCCAAGAACAUUACAAUUCAUAAAUGUUAAAUUGCAUAAAUAUUAGAUUUCAUUUCAUAAAUAUUACAUUUCAAUUGAUAAAUAAUACAUUUCAUUUCAUAAAUAUUACAUUUCAUCUCAUAAAUAUUACAUUGCAUAAAUAGUGCAUUUCACUUCAUAAAUAUUACAUUUCAUUUCAUAAAUAAUACAUUUCAUUUCAUAAAUAUUGCAUUUCAUUUCAUAAAUAUUGCAUUUCAUAAAUAUUACAUUACAUUUCAUAUAUAUUACAUUACAUUUCAUAAAUAAUACAUUACAUUUCAUAAAUAUUACAUUACAUUUCAUAAAUAUUACAUUACAUUUCAUCAUAGGCGUAGGAGCUCAAAGUAAUUCAGGGGGGCAUAAGAGAAAAUUGCCCGAAAUCAAUAUAGUAUAUAUAUCGAAAUCAAUAUGAUCAAUAUAUAGUAUAUUAUAUUGAUGUGAUGCCCGUUUUUCGGGCAAUACCUAUUUUCGGGCAAUACCGUUUUUUCGGGCAUACCUAUCAUAAGAGAGCUUCGGGCAUAUUUUCGGGCAUGCAGUGGACAAGAAAAAGACGAGAAAAUACUUUUCGGGCAGUGUGGAUCUCAUAGAAAUAAGUUAGUUAUAUUUUUUCUCUAAACGUUAAUAGAAAAAAAAGGUCGUCAAAUUUUUCAUUGCCCGAAAAUAUAUUUUUUGGCAAAUGUGCCCCCCCCCCCCCCCCGGCUCCUACACCUAUGCAUUUCAUAAAUUACUACAUUUCAUUACUACUGCCAGACACCAGACACUAAUUUACAUUUAUCAAUAAAUUACCUUUUGUAAAUGAGACUGGAAUAUAUGCACCCGUUUUUGUUCAUUUAAAUUGUACAUAAAUUAUUUUGUAUACAUAUAUUUACUUUAUAAUAUGGAUUUUAUUAUUACUCAUAACAUCACAUUAUCUAACCUAGAUCUAUCUAUUUUCUUGUAGCAUUUAUUAUGUCUAUUUUCACUCAUAAAAUUACUUCCUCGCUAUCUAUUUUCUUUUAGCAUUUAUUGUGUAUUAUCACUCAUAAAAUCACUUACUCUAAUAUAGAUAUAUUUUCUUUUAGCAUGUAUUAUCUAUUUCCCUCAUAGAAUGACCAAAUCGAAUCUAGAUCUACCUAGUUUAUUUUAGCAUUUAUUGUAGGAUACAUUCUCUCUCCUCAUAGAAUUGAUAACCCUAAUCUACCUAUUUACUUUUAGCAUUUAUUGGUUAUUAUCAAUCCUAAAAUUACAUACAACAAUCUAGGUCCAUUUACUUUCUUUAGCAUUUAUUAUGUAUUAUCAAUCAUAAAAUCACAUACGCAAAUCUAGACCUAUUUUCUUUUAGCAUUUAGUGUGUAUUUUUACUCAUAAAAUCACUGCCAUCUAGAUCUAUUUUCUUUCUUUAAGCAUUUAGUGUCUGUAUUUUUAUAAACGUUUUGUAUAGAUAUUUUAAUGGGGUCUUCUAUUACUAUGUGCCAUUUAGUAUCUUAUACUUGUUUAAUCUUUAUUCUUAAAUAAACCCUGUAAACAA